AUGCGUGCCUUUUACUUCGAUAACAUUCCAGGCGAUCAGCGGCUGCUGCACGAUUCAGGAAACCCUGUAUCAGAUGAUAUCCUGAAAUCUAUCGGAUUACUACACUGGCACAUCCCAACGAACCAACAGAAUCAGAUCGAUACUGUUGCAAAGGAAAGAAACUACAAGAACAGAGACACUAUCACGAUCACCAAGCAGGGCCUUGGAGAUUUAUACGAGGCCAAGCUAAAGAGCUUUUUUGAAGAGCACAUGCAUGAAGACGAGGAGAUAAGAUAUAUUCUCGAGGGCAGCGGCUUUUUCGAUGUUCGAGAACAUCCCACAGAUUCAUGGAUUCGUUGUCAGCUAGACGCGGGUGAUCUCUUGGUUCUCCCUGCUGGCAUCUACCAUCGAUUCACUCUUGACGAGAAUAACAUGAUCAAAGCUUUGCGUCUCUUCAAGGAUGAGCCCAAGUGGACUCCUAUCAACCGCGGCGACUUGACAGAUGUGAACCCUUACCGUGUCGAUUAUUUGAAGAGUAUAGCUGUCAACUAA